UCUUGAAGGGAAAGGAGCAUGUGAGGAAGGUAUGCAAAUGCGUUUCAGGGGCGGAAAGUGACGUUAGGGUGCUUCGCAAGACGACUGGUAAGCUUGUUCGUUUCAUGUUAGUUGACGAUAGGUGCAAUCACAUCAGCGGUGUGAAAAGGAACAGUGGGAGAAAGAGAGAGAAGAGGGGGGCGGGGGUGACAGUGUGGACCUCACCGCUGACGGGACCCACAGGCACCCUGAUUGUGCCCUGCUCUCAUCAUUUCUGGAGGUGAGGACAAAAGGGGAAAAAGAGGGGGGCAUCGGAAGAGAGGCCCGGGAUCCGACUGUCGUGACGGCUUUCCCCCGAUAUUUGUCGCCGAUGGUCGGGGUUUCCUGGAUCCAUAAAGGCUGAGGAAAAGCGGCGUUGCAUUCUACUCAAGACUGGUGUUUCCUGCCACAACAGCGGGAUUGUCAAGAGGAACCAUUCACUCUAAGCAGGGCCUUGUAUUGCUACGUUUUCAGACUUAUAAGCCUCUGGUCAGCGGCGGCUGGAAAAAUAAUUUUAUCUGCAUGGAGUUACUGAAGGAAAACAACAAGAAAUGGACUUUGAAGGAAGUGAACUUGGAAGUGGAAUAAAUGGAUUAUCUUCGUUUUUGGUAUUAAAUUCCUUUGGAACUGUGUAGAAUUAAAUGAUGGUUGACACACAAUACCAAAGGUAAGACGAAUAAAUGCUGAAGUACCAGUAGAGCAUCAAGAGGAAUUUGAGGAAUUUAUGCCCAGAAAUAAUGAAAUAAAAGGGACCAAAGACGUAUGACCGAGAAGAAUGCACAUAGUAACAAAAAAAUUACAUGAUAUGAAAUGAGAAUGACCAACACGAGUGAAAGUGCUGUGCAGCUUCCAAGAGUGGAACAUCAAAGGAGUUCUGGGAAGUACUUUGUAAGCCUGUUUACAGACUUUUUUGACACGACUCAUCUCACGCAAGUGUGGUCCACUUCCUGGCAAAAUUACACAAAUUGACAAAGGAAAGUAACUCUUCUGAGAAUUCUGUUUCAAUGGAAUAUAAACUUUUUGCGCAAUUGUAUUAUUCCAUAAUAUUCAUCCUAAAAAAAGAGCUAUGUUUACUGAAGCUGUCGUGGUUCAGCAUCUGCAAAAGAGACAUUUAAAGCUGCCUUACAUAGUGACGUGUUAGUUAUCCAUGAGAUAUUCUUGAUGCCAAACUAGUUGAGCUGCAGAAGCAAUUACAACAAAUCCGCUGUGAUGUGAACCACAAAAAACUGAGAACAGUUUUUCUCUGUGGUACAACCAUCAUCAUCAUAUACUAAUGUCUCGUGGAUAUAAGAAUUUCAUUUAAAAAAAAAAAAAAACACAACAAAACACUUUCUUCUGCAUCCAUGGUUGCUGGGAUCAGCUCUUCAUUUAUACAUCGGACGCAUUUCCCACUGACACUUACCAGUGCUGUCUUUCUUUAGCACAAAAGGAAAACAUGCAGAACUUUUCUAAUAGCCCCACCCCCCAUACUCUUGCCCCUGGCUUUGGCAUGAGGAGUGGAGGUGGACCGUCCUACCCGCCUCAACCAGCAGAACCCCAGUUGUCCCCAAGGAUGGCAGAAGAUUAUGCAGCGAUACAACAGCAGAGCCUGCACAGAAGCCAUCCCCACUCCAGUCAAGCCAGCCCCAUGCUUGCUUACAACGCUCGAAACAGAGGUGUUGUAGAGCCGCCCACACAGGCUAACAUUCACAGCAGCAGUAACAACCCUUACAGGAAAGACACAAUGGAUUAUUAUUUUUCAUUGGGCGCAAAGGACAAAAACAGAAGAGGAGGUCUGGUCUAUGGAACGGGAUUUGGUUACCCAAAUAUUGAUGGACACAUACCUCCACAGUACAGACAUUCUGCCUCUGGGUCUGUAUUAUCAUCUGGCAUCAUGUCACAAUAUUCAGUAGACUAUGGACCUAGCACAGGUUCAGGUGGAGCAUCUGGAGCAUUCUCUCCUCAUCAAUACAACAUGAGUCAGAACGCUGCAAUGCAGGCCAUGCCAGCUUCUCAGAGCCGUCAACAUGGGCAAACAUUCUCUCCUGUCCACCAUGGGCAGCAGCAUCGGAGUUAUCCAAGCUCUGGGCACAGAAUGACCCCUCAAUAUCCACAAUACUCUCCACAGCCUGGAGUGUCCACAGGGUCAUCGGGAAUGUACAGCCCCCCUCCACAGAGAUAUGUUGAUGGGACUGCUAACACCGGUUUUGAUCCCAAAAUCAACAGUUCACACAGUGUCAACUCAAGUGCAAACUCUGUCUCUGGUUCAGCUGCUGCUAACAAUAUGGGGCCAGUGGAAAGUGUUCAGCAGCGUUACCAUGCAGCAAAUUUUUCUGGAUAUAUUCCACAGAUGCAAAUGCUUCACAAGGAAGGCACACUCCAGCAUUGCAACACACAGCACAAUUUAGGUGUGGGUUUUGAAAAUCCUGUUAAAAUGCAGCACCAGAGCCCAAAUAAAAGCACCAUAUAUGGUAAACAUCAACAGGCCUCCACCCCCAGUAUACCUCACACAACAUCUCAAGAACUAGCCAAAUCCCCAAUGCAUCCUCAACAAAGUCAGAUAAACCAAAACCUGAGCCCGAUAUCCAACCCGUCCCCAGCUGCCUCUGCAGUACAUUCACCAAGCUGUAGAUCCACUCCUUCCCCUUUGCUGGGAGUUUCAGAAACCUAUGUCAACACCUCUGGCCAUUCCAACUCUUCAUCUACCGUCCAUAGCAGCAGCCGGAGUCAUAGAUUAAUACAGGCUGUGUCACAGUUAAGUCCGACACCAAACUCAAACAGUAGCAUCAGUAGUUGUGGUAGCAACGGCAGUCACAAAGGUCAUAACAUCAGUAAUAUUGGACUAAACAGUGUGCCACCUACAAGUUGCAACAAAAGUGGUCUAGGUUCAACACAUGCUCCCCGGGAGGAAGGUCCCUGUAGUUAUUCAUCUCCUACAGCUGGAAAAAUACAGGAUGCAGGACUAAAUAGUCUUAAUGCUCUGAGCUCCCAGGUAGCUAAUUUACCCAACACCAUUCAACACAUGCUGCGCACUGACAAUGUAUUCUCACAGAAAAAAGGCAAAGAUGGCGGACAGGUGCAACAAACAGCUCACAGUGUUUCCCCAUUGGAACCAAGAAGUAGAAAUGCAAGUACAGCCUCGAGUACUGGCACACUAAAAGAUGGAACUAUUGUAGGAAUUGCUGAAAGUGCUGGUCUAGAAACUGUUGCUAAUGAAGAUGCCUCUUAUAUGUCAGCUGAGACCAAGACAGAGCAAGAGGAUCAUUUAAUAGAGGGACAUCAAAGAAUGAGGCAGAUGAGUGGUGCAAGCAAUGUACCUGAACAAAACUUUUACAAUCCCCUUCAGAGUCAAAACGACUCACAACCUGGUCAAGCCUUAAAUGCUAAAACAUUCACAUACAAGUCACCACCAAAAGAAAUGCUCUCUAAAGCAAACGUUCACAUUGCUUCUACUUUAGCAUCCCUGUCUUCUGGAUGUCCGUCAUCAGAGGUGGAUCCAAAUUCACAUUCAAAACCUCCAGUUUCCUCAUCUGCCUCCUGUAUUAUUACUCCCCCCCAGGCAAACUGUGUCUCACAUCCUAGUUUAUUGAAUAAUAACUCAAAAGGUGGCCUUAAGAAAAGUGCCGAAAUAAAAAAUGAACAAAUCAAAACUGAACAUGAAGAGGGAGUCAAAGUGGAGAGAGGCAAUAUUGAAACACUACGAGAUGGAGAAAUCGACAGAAAGCAUAGCCAGGAUAAAGAAAAUGUGUUGCACACAGCUUCAACGGCACAUAAUGAGAGUGAACAAAAAGCAACAACUGAGGAGCAGUUAAGUGUUGGUGUGAUUGUCUCAGCUCGUUCUGAGGCAAGUCAAGUUGAAAAAAGCAAGCAAACGCAAGACCUCUGUUUGAAGGAGAAGCAAUCUCAGUCCUAUUUGAAAGAGUCAACAAGUCAUAAUGGCGAGGAGAGUAUUGAUCUUAGUCGAUAUUCAUUGCAGCAGCAAAAAGUUAAUGUUGAACAGACCCACAAUCUUAAUCAGUUUGGAUCACAUAAAUAUGGUUUUGUUGGAUCAACAUAUAGCUCAGAUGUGUCUUUAGGUAAAAAAGGAAGGACUGGCCCAUCAGGUGUAGGUGAAUCCAGUUCUAGAAAUUAUCAGCAUUCUGCUUAUGGCCCUGAGUAUUCAAAGGAUUUGAGUUCUCUAACAGAGGCAUUUGGGAAGAGAGGGCAGGCAAUAGGAACAAAAGGCCAAGAAGACAUUUCUCAAAUUCAUCACUUCCCUAGCCUUUUACAAGAGGUUCUUCAAGGGUAUAAUUUAGAUCGACGUUAUGGAAGACCAGAACAGGCAUUUCCUGCACAUCUCCAAGUUCAACAACAAUUUCAAACACGAUACCCAUAUGGUAUGACAGAAAAUAUUAGGAUGGUGGAUACUGCAGCCAGUGGCACAUUGGGCCAAGUAGGCACCACUGGAAAGCCCCUACAUCCAAAUAACCGGAAUGGAAGUAAAACCAAUUUUGCCACAGGGCCUCAAUCCUCAAUAAAACCAGAAGCAUCCAAUACCAAGGUAAUGCAAAAUACUGCAAAAAAAGAAGUUGAUUACUCUGAGGAUCAUUUAACACGAGUUUCAGAUGCACAGUCAAUACAACCAAAACAUAUCAAUUUAGCAGACUACACUCUUCCACAAAGAAAAACAUCCACUUCAUCUGCUGUACAGGAGCUCCUUUUACAAGAACCUGAGCCACUGAAAGGGUGUACCAGUCAAGCAGAUUCUCAGAAAUCAGAGCGUCGCUCUGUCAUUUGUGAUGUGUCACCAAACAGACGUAGCACACCAGAGAAGGACAGGGAAAAUAACAGAGAGCGGGAGAAAAAUCAGAGUGCAGCCUCGGUCAUUCAGCAGUCAUUUUCCUCCCCAGCAUCGGCCAACGAUUUAAUUAAAAAGGACAUUUUAGAUAAGAAAGUAGUAAAAAUUGAAACGGCACCCAAAGAGAUUGUUCCAAAUCCUGAUUUUCAUGGCAGUGGUGAAACUAAUGAGACUGAUAUAGAAUGUUCCUCAAAAUCUGUUCAGUCAUCCAUUGUGCUAAAUUCUGACCCCUAUAGGCACUUGUUGCCCCAUUCUUUGAGCACAAAUCCUUUAUCUUCACCAUCAAGACAUCAGUCACAUCUUCAUGGUAUGGAUUUAGGAACAAGCAAUUCCACCAGUUUCCCUGGUUAUCGGUUUGGAGAAACGAGAAACAACAAUAUGCCACGUGGCCACCCUCAUUUUCCUUCCCACCAUCCAUAUCACAGUUUAACAUCACAGCCUCAAACUACAAAUAAACUUCAAAUGUAUCCUCACCCUCGUGGGUCGUUCCAACAUUCAAAUGAAAUAACUGAUUGGGUGAAAACAAUGAACAGAACUUCCAAGGAUAUAACAACAAUGCCAGGUUCUUCCCCAGGAAGACAUAAAGUUGGCCUAUCGGAGCACAUACAGAGGAUGAUCCCACAAACAGACUUGCACAGUGAUCAAAAUGCAAGCAAAACACUGCUCCAUCAACAAAGUGGAUACUAUGACAUGAAAAUGUGGGAGACAACACACCCAGGUCCAGAUGGAGUUAGAAUGCUUGAAGGUGAUUCUUGCUAUAGAACACAAGCACUUCCUCCACCAUCAUCUGUUUCACAGGGCACCUUGCCCCAUCAUAAGGCUCAUGGCCCAAAUACAAAUGAACAUGAGGAAGCUAAACCUCCCUGCUUUCCUCCUCCAUACAACGAUGGUAAACCUCAAACUGACGUAACUUCUACUCAACCAAGGGUGCAGCGGCAAACUAAGUCUGGAGGUCCUGCAGAGACAAAUCCUCUUAUUUUGAGAAGAAGAGUGCGUUCUUUUAUCUCUCCUAUUCCUGCUAAAAGGCUACUGCAGGAUCCAUCUCAGCAGAGGGCAGCUACAAAUUCACACCUUCCUGUGGUGCCCUCAGACUCAAACCAUCACAAUGAAGAUGAAUCAACCUCUUCUGAUAUUCCACAGCUCACGUCCCCAUUGCCCGGUGACAAUGCUUUUAAAUCUCUGUCUCCAUCAAGUGGUAAUAUAAAGGCCUUGCCUCCAAAGAAAGGACGUGGUUUGAAACUUGAGGCAAUUGUUCAGAAAAUAUCACCAAGUGUAACAAAGUCUGCAGGCAAUAUUGAUGAUGGAACAAGCCAUUACCCAGGCUUUUCUAAUGCAACAGUCCCACCGUUUACUGAGUCACAGGACCAGGAAAUAAACCAUUUUCCACGUGUUACAGGAGGAGAUGAUUGUUUUGACGAUGUUCACUCAUUAAAUGACAUGAUUCCCUUUAGAGGUGUAGAUGAGACUGGCCCAUUACCACUGUCUGCCUACCCAUGUGAUCCACAAACUCGCAGACAAAAAGACUUUGACUUUGGGUUAGGAGCUUCUGUGGUAUCAGCGUCUGGUGAAAAAGAGGACUUUGCGUUGCUCGGACCUUUACCCCCUCCUCCACCACUUCCUCGUCCAGUUCAGGGGUCUCCACCUCCAUCUUCAUCUGCGCUGUCUGACAUUCAACAUUUUACCAAUACUUACCAGCAGCUUGAGACGAGAAGAGGAGAGCAGUCUGCUGCUAACCUUCUUCGACAGAAAAUUCAAGAAUCUGGCAUAGGAUUUGAUGAUUAUACUGGCAGUGACUACUACAGAGCUACCUCACCCCGUCACAGUCUGUCUCAAGGUCAUGUUCUAAGCAGACAUCAGAUGUCUUCUCCUCGGCCAAAUCUGUCAGCACAAGAUUGUAAAACUCCAGAGAAUGCUGUGCCUAAAGGCUAUUUUCCAUCUGGCAAAAAAAAGGGAAGGCCAGUUGGAAGUGUGAAUAAACAAAAGCGUGCUCAAGGCCAAACACCAAUCCAGUCACAAACCCAAGCUCAAAACAUGAAUCCAAAUUCUCAGCUGCCACCAAUUUCCAUUACAGCAGGCCCAACAAUACCAGACGCAGUUGAAACUACAAGCACGGUCACCUCCAUUAUAGAAAACAAAACCACUCCCCCUCUAACCCCUCCCAUUUUAACCCAGGUUGUUAAAAUGGACGUUGAGAGUGAACCAAUUCAACCAGAGAUUGAUAUCAAACCUGUGAGACGGCGGCGCAAAGGUUUGAAUGACGAAGAUGAAUCACCAGAGAGUCGUCAAAGGAUUAGAAGAGGGGGGGCACCAGCAUCACAAUCAGUGGCAAGAGAUAACCCAGAAAUCCAGUUAGGGGCAAAAGGGCCUAACAGUACAAAUAGAGCAUUCCUGGAUGCAAAUCUAAAAGGCCUUUUUGUUCCACAUAUUCAUGUGGAGAACAAAAUACCAGAGAUUGGGUCCGUGUGCACCAUUGUAAAUGCGGAGGAUGACAAGUUGAAAGGAGAACGUGGUGUGAUUGGAGGGAAAACAGGCGGGAGUGGAAUUGACUCUAUACCAAGCUCAACUCUUUUCUCACACUUAUCAAAGAGAGAAUCUGAGAUGAGGGAGACUGACCAGGCUGAAUCUUCUCUUCAGUCAGGAAAAACACUUCCUUCAUCUGGCUAUGUCGUUUCAGGACCUACUCUUACAGAAACUAAACACUCUGGCCGUCAGCUUUGCUGUUUAUGUAAAAAAUGGGCCAAUUACAAACACCUUGGAGAUCUUUAUGGGCCUUACUAUCCUGCCGAAUAUGCUGCCAAGCUUCCCAAAAACCAGCCCCAGGUUAGACAAUGUCAUACAAUCAUGGGCGCAACCAAAAGCGGUGAAAACUCAGAAAUUGGCUCGAAUGCUUUAGAUGCUUUGCUUAACCUACAAAAACAUGUUCUAUUGUCCAGACCCACGGCAAUGAGUAGUAACUGCUCUGUGAGCUUGGAUUCAAAUAUAACACCUAUUUCCACUACAGCAAAAACUCCUUUAUUAGCUUGUAGAGAGAAUAUGAUUGGGGAGACCAGCACCAUUGCCUCUUCCUACACUACCAAUAAACCUUUAUCCUGGGAAAUGAUCCCUGAUAUAAGACCUAUUCCAGAUCUAAAAAGAGAGAGAGAUUUUGACGUUGAGCAACAGCCGGUGCCAAUGCAGCUGCAAGGGCAGCCAGCAGACGAAGGCCAACAACGACCGCAACACCGAAAGCUGACCUCACACCCACGCUUUAAACGGAGGCACAAAUCUAGUGAGAAGUCUCCCAGAAUGGUGCCCUCCAACAGUAAGGCGUCACUGCCGUUCCAGCCUCCGCCACCAGCUUUGGACUCCCUGGGCCCAUUGGCUCAGCUUGCCCAGUUGCCCCAGAUGCCCAUGGACCCUGAGGAGCUAUGGGUUCAUGAAGGAUGCAUCGUGUGGACCAGUGGCGUAUACCUUGUCAAUGGGAGACUUUAUGGCCUGCAAGAGGCACUAGAUGGCGCCAGAGAAACGAGCUGUUCAUACUGUGAGAUGGUUGGCUCCACCCUGGGCUGCUACAGUAAAGGCUGUAUACGUCGAUAUCACUAUCUCUGUGCCAUUGAAACAGAUUGUUCUCUCAAUGAAGAUAACUUCUCACUGCGGUGUCCGAAGCACAAGGUUACCCAGAACGUCCGGCAUGCCAAAUCAGUGUACCUGGAGCAGUCUGAGAGAGGGUGAGACAAAUUGAGUCUGGAAGCAGUUUGGACAAGAGUCGGCUUAGAGACGAGACUUGUUGUGAAGACGACUUGCCUAGGGCUGAGCAACAAAAAGGAAUGUACAAUUUCAAUAGGAAUCGGCAUCAUCUACAUUCAAGACAUUACAGAAAAGAGGUCGCCAUUAUUUCUAUUUUGCUUCAAAGCAGAAAAAGAUGAAUACAUGCAGCUUAGAUGAACAAAGCAGAAGGAAGAAGACUUGAAAGAAAACACUAACUGAGAUCGGAGUGGAAUACAAUGACAGUGCAACAAAGGAACUUUUCCAUCAAGAACAAAAGAAGCAAAUUUCUUCUCCGGGCUUACUUUGAUUUUUUUUUUUUUUUUUUUUUUUUUUUAAAUACCCUCUAAGUGUUAUUCACCAUCACCUGUUUUAACAUUUACCUUUUUUUCCUGGAUAUUCUUUUGACUGUUUUAAGGAGGCCUGUUGGGAUAAAACAGGGUUUCAUACGGAGAAAAAGGAGAUUGGGAUUUCUCUUGCAAAUAGUAUUUUAACUCAUAUCAAGAUGAAGAAUUCAUAUUUUAGCCCUCAUUAUUAUUUUUGUAUCCUCAUCAGUAUUUACUCAUAAUGAUGAAAUGGAUGUAUCGCAGUAUAUAUAUAUUCAGUCAGAACAUUAAUUGGCUGUUUUUUCCUCCCUUUUAUUUUUUAUUUUUUCAUUCCCGUUGAGGGAGAAGCCAAAUUGAUGUCCUGGAAUGUCAGGGUCGAGUUUGCCACAAAGACAUUUAUUGCCUUGGAGAACGGACAUCUGUUGCCUUUCAAUAGAGUGUAAGUGUGCGUGUGUGUCUGUGUGAGUGAGUGGGAGAGAAAGAAAGUGCUACACCAUUCUGGUCCUUUUUGAAGUGUUCUUAUUUUUCAUCAUGAGCUUUUUACGGUACAGCAAGUAUUCCUGAAAAAUCAGAUGGACGUAGUCUUAUUUUUGGAGUACAAAUGUCCAUAAUGUGCACAGAGAAGGUCAAAAGGUGGACCAAUGUUCAGGUCAUCUUUGACACAGGGAGCGGACUAAGAUGGAUAUUAAGCAGUGUUCAGCAUUGUGGAACUGUGUGCUGGAUAUUGGAAUUGUGACCUCGGUCAGUCCAACAGUAACGCUUGGGGAAUUAAAACAACAUGAGGAUGUCAAGGAAAACUGUUUGGCCAGUUGGCUGCACAGGCCAAUGGGGGACCAAGCUUGACCAAGUAAGUUUCCAGUGGGAGAUUGAAAAUCCAUUCAAAAGAGGCAUUGCCAUUCGAUUUUAAACUGUGUCAGUCGUACAUGGUGUCGUCUUGAUCAUUUUUUAUUGUUAUUCUUGUACAAAGAAAAAAAGAAAUCAAGCUUAAAGACUGCAGUAACACUAUCAGAACCAUGUUGUAUCACAAAAGUUGUCAAUAUGUAUAUGAAUUAAGAAUACAGUUAAAAUGCUUCAACAACAUGCUUCUUUUUUCCUGGAUGUGUUUUUUUUGUAUGCUGAGGAAUAUUCACACUUGAUUUUUUUUCCCCCCUCAAUAUUUCAAAAUGGAUGGGAGAAUCACUGGCGAAACUUAACCAGUGAACGACACUAGUAGUGGGCUUACUGACGUGCUUACUAAAACUACAAAAAACUAUAAUUGAGGAAUUAAUGUUGGCUGAUGGUCUUGUCACAGUGAAGUGAUUCUCAACAUGACCUUGAAAUGCAGUUAUGUACCCAUUUUGGGUGGGUAACCGAUAUCUAGUAAAAGCAAGUAUUAGAUUUUUUUUGUGUGGUACAAAGCAAGAUUAUCGUUAACGAGAACUAGAACUGAGAAAACGGUUUCGUUAACUGAAAUAAGAAAAAGCUAUAAUUAUAAGUUAAAACGAGAACUACCAUAAUUUCCGGACUAUAAAAGUUCAAAGUUUGCUUUAUUGUCAAUUGUACCACAUAUGCAAGGACAGACAGAGAAUUGAAAUUGUGUGACUCUUUAACCUCAAUGGCAAGUAAAAAUGAAAUAAAUAUAUAUAAAAAUAGACAACUGUACACCCUGACAAUAUCUAUGAAACAAGACACAAAUAAAAACAGGUGAAUGGAAAAGAAGCUGACUGCAAUAGUGCAAAUGUAUUGUCCUCUAAGCCGCUGCUUCUUUGAUACAUUUCGAAUCCUACUGCUUAUAGUCAGUGCGGCUCGUUUGUUGAUUUAUUUGGGUUAAUAGGUAACACUAACUCUAUUUAUGUCCAGCCCGGAUCUUUUAAAUCCAUUCAAAAGUGAGAUAAUUUACCGGACAACACUAAAUGACAUCUGUUGUAAGCAUUCAUUAAUGCUCAUGACAGUGUCAUGUCAUAAUUGUGAUCGUCUAAUGACAGUCUUAUCACGCCACUGUCAAAUAAAGUUGCCAAAUACCACAACUAGUAAUCAAUGAAACAACUGGAAUAGUAACUGAAGAAAUAAUUAGCAUAGAACAUGAAUUUUGAUUGUUAUUUACAUCUGUAACGCUGCAAUGCUUGCUAGUAGGUGUGUUGGACAACAACAGUGUUGACAGCUGGUGGCAGCAGAGGUUACCUGUCUCCCUCAAGGGAGCAGUGAUGCCAAAUGAUGCUUCUUGAAGCAAUGGUGGUUCAUUUGGUCUUAUGACAGACGUAUGAUGUCGCUGUCAAAGUGUUACCGGUUAAUAUCUUUUGGUAUAAAUAUCCCAUAAUACAGUCAGGACAGUUGCGGCUUAUAGUCCAAUGCAGCUUAUCUAUGAACUAAUGUCGUUUUGGUUUGGUGAGGUGCGCCUUAUAGUACGAAAAUUACAGUAAUAAAACUAAUAUUUGCAAAAUUAACUGAAACUUAUUGAAACAAACUCAUCCUUUUGUUUUUCAAUUUUAUCCCUAGAAGCAAUAUUUACACUUUGUUAUAAAAACUUUCUUUAUGCACCUGACAAAAAACCCAAUGUAUGAAAAACUACUAAUAAUCCUGAAAGUAAACAGUUAAAUUAAUAAUUUGAAGAAGGAAAAAAAAAAAUCCAUUCUUAAAAACUUUUUGGGACUAUAAGGCGUACCUGAAUACAAGCCACAUCCACAAAAUUGUACUAGAUAACUAUUAGUUCAUACAUAAACUGGAUUGGACUAUAAAACACAGGUGACUACAUUGUGUAAUGGUGUGCUUACACCACUAUUAGCCUGUGAAAAUUCAUAAAUCAGACUCACUGGGCUAUAUUCUGCAGGGUUGAAAGUGGGGGGGAGGUUUCAUUUUGGGAAAAUUACAGUGAUUGAAAAUUUUAAAAUACCGUAAUUUUCAGAGUAAAAGAUGUUACUUUUUUCCUCCGCUUUGAAUCUUGCUGUUUAUAGUACAUUGGGUCUUAUAUGGAUUUUUACAGUCCGAUUAGCUGCUUGUCUUUAGGCUUUAAUAACCCUGCGACUUUAUGUCCAGUGCGGUUUAUAUAUGAUAUAGUUUUUUCUAGUAAAAUUUAGUGGGUGCGGCUUAAAACCAGGUAAGCCUUACGGUCCAAAAAUAACAUUCAGUAAAACUAUUUUUUAAAAAAUAAAUAAAUAAAUUGGAACAGUUACAACUUUGAUGUACAUGUUGUUCCACGCAGAAGUUUUUCUAAAUGUUCAUUCAGGUUUUGUGUUUGUUGUUGUUGGUUUUUUAAGUUAGGUAACACGAUUAAAGGGAUCCACAGGUUGAAAGACUUGUUGUUUUUCAAAGAUAAAUGUUAUUAUGAGUUAAAAUAAUUUGAUAUUGAAACCCCUCUUGAUGUUUUCGUUUU